AUGUACCCAUGUCCCUCAACUGGAAUCUUCCUGGCUCCGCAGGGCUGGGGCAAUCAUUGUAUCAGCGGCUGUGUGUGGUCAUUCGUGCUCCCAUCUGCGAACUUCGCAACUCAUUUCACCUGACUCAAACGAAUGGCAUGUCGACUUACACAAAUGGAUUCCGAGUGAUAUUCGCUCCAGCCGCUGCUCCCGCUUCAUGAGUUCACAUUCAUCUCAAAAGUUUGCAAGAGCCCAGUUUCGCCUCGCACUCUCAACAUCGGUCGUAAGAAGGCAUGUAUGGUUUUCGUAAAUUCUCAUGGAUUGUGGUGUCGACAAACAUCUGGUUUUCGGCAAGUUUUACAUACAACAAGGAACCAUACUGCAACACGAAAGAUGCCGAAUGUUUCUUCGCCUCUUGUGAUGAGAGAGUCCGGAUUGACAUCAUAUCCAACAGGUGGGCGACAAUACUCCUACCCCCAGUAGAACUGGAAACAAAUGUAUUUGCAAUAGCUGACUGUCGCAGUGCAAUCAUGUCGACUAUCAAUUUGAAACCUGUGAACGCCAUUGGGUUUGGCCUCGAAGCCAUCGACAUAGCCAAGGAGGACAAAGAAACACCACUGUCGUGGCAGUACAUUCGGUCGGGUAGCAUGAGCCUCGGGGAUAUUCAGGCGCGUAUUACCAACAUCGGCGGAUGUGGUCACCCAAAGAUAGCUUCCAAUUCGGACUCGGUCUUUUGCAUUUCGAGCUCGGGAGGAAACUCGGGUGCCGUUGCGAUAACGCUGGUUCAAUUCCUUGAGGAUUGUACCGAGUUGGAGUUCGUGAGAGAAAUAGGGGCAAUCCACGCUGCGCAGUCGACUUAUGAGGACGAUGAUAUCAAUGGGAUGAUCAAUUGCGACACCCUGGCAUCAGUGAAAGAGGAUGACUCCUUGGUUAUUGCUCUCCAUGGCGCAAGCAAUCAUACACCUUGGCCAUAUCUGAACGGCGAGCCUGAGCCUGACUCGCCAGUAGACAUCCCUUUUCUAUGCACUAUCCGGACCGGCUGGACCGUUGAGAAACCACACCUGGCCUUCGAAACGAACCUCGCCAUUUGCGUUUUUCUUGCAUCGUUUCUGGCAACAAUGGCAUGGCUUAGACAUUGGCGGAGGGGGGCAACAGCAAGGAUCAGGUCGCCAGAUGUGCACCAGGUCUGUCUACCGAAAGAAGGGCGCGCUACUGAGAGGACUUACCGGCCUCUACCGACGAUGGAGCAUACCGUCGAAUAUGAUGUUUGAAUGUCGGCGCUUGGGUGUCGACAAGUUUGGGAAG